CUGUCAGCAGCAGGAAUCAAUAUCACACACAGCAAUGGUUGGAAACAGAACUUUCCUGUUAUGUUUACUGGGGGUUUCCUCUGUUAUAUAUCUCGGGUUAUGGAGGCACGAAAUAGACAUUGCUGUAUGGGCAGGAAGAAUAUUCUUGUUUCUUGGUUUACUUACGCUGAUUAUUUCUGUUUUGACUCCAUCGGUUCCUUUAUCUCGUCCAUCAGUAUCUCUCUCAGAUGAUGAAAUACAGAAACGUCAAAGGAUUGCAAGAAAGGAGCAGCAAGAGCAGUUGAGCAGAAAGGCCAGCAGCUACUUGGAAACAGUUAUGAAUCCACGUGCAGAACUGAAACUGAAAAAACGAGAGAAACACUUUUACACGAUGACUGGUGAAACAUGGAAGUUAACACCAGGCCAGAGACUUGGGGAGGGUGAAGAGUCAGGUGAUAAUAGCAAUGACGCAAGUGUUGGAGCUGAAAGUCCAAAUAAUGAAGCUUUGAGCAAAAGAAAACUUCCAGAGCAUGUGACAAAACCGGCUCCAAAAGCUGAACAGCCACAGCCUAAAAAGAUUAUAACGUUGCCUGAAGAACCAAGCUCAUCAGAAGAAGGAGUUGUUACCAUUGCUCUUCGCUGUCCGAGUGGACGUGUUUUUAGAAGGAGGUUUUACAAAUCAUGUAGCUCUAUUAUAUUGCUGGAUUGGAUGAUGAAAAUUGGAUACCAUUCUGCAAUUUAUACUCUCAGCACUCCUUUUCCAAGAUGUCAUUUAGAACUCAGAAAGGACUUAUGUUUGGAGAAUGUUGGAAUAUUAAAAGACACAGUCUUAAAUGUUGAAGAAAAAGAUCCUUCGUAAUGUUCAUUCCACAUUUAAAGAGGCAUAAAAGUCGGUAGCCUCAGAAUGCUAAACAACUUUCCAAUUUACUUCUAUUAUCUAAUUUGCUUCAUUUUCUUGGUAUCCUUUGUUGAAGAAACCGUAAUAGACAUGGGUGGGCCAAUAACAUGAGACAUAUAAAUACAGCCACCAAUCAGCAGCACCUGAACCUAUCUAUGUAGGCUUUUUAACAAAGGAUACCAAGAGAACUAAAAAAAAUUAGGUAAUAGAAGUAAAUUAGAAAGUCGUUUUAUUUUAAUGAUCUCUCUAAAUAAUGAAAGAAAAAUUUGGGGUUUCAUGUCCCAUUAACAGUGCAGAUAAUGUAAAAACUCCCUUUUAUGUCCCUUUAACUGCAUUUAACAAAUGCACACUUACAAAAGCCCACUGAACUUUUAGAUCCGUGCAGUGACACUGAUGUUAUUUUCCAUUUUUUUAAAAUAUUUGCAACUUUUUAACAGUCAAUGACUAUUAUUUCAUUGUUAAAGGGACAGUGUACCCUAGGUAGAGUGUAUUUAAUUGUUUACAAAUAGCUCCUUUACCUUUAUUUCAGCAUUUGAAAAAAGCUAAUUUUUCUUGUGGUAUCCCUAUCUAUACUAAAAGCUUAUAUACUUAAAGGGACAGUAUACACCAAUUUUCAUAUAACUGCAUGUAAUAGACACUACUUUAAAGAAGAAUAUGCACAGAUACUGAUCUAAAAAUCCAGUAUAAAACCUUUUAAAAACUUACUUAUAAACUCACAGUUUAGCAGUGUUGAUGAGAUUAGGCUGGGGCACCCACUGAAAGGGGCUGGGUAAACAAAAAGAGAAGACACUCCCCACUUCCCCCCUUCCCUGCAUAUAAAAAGACAGAUAACAUAAACAGGAACCUGAAGGAGUCUGUAAAC